AUGGCAUCUCAUAAAUCUUCUUACCAAGUUAUUGCUGAAGCUGAAACUCUACUUAUCUAUGGAAUAUUUCUAUUUUUAACUGGUUUGGUACAACUGGGAGUUACGAUGAGCCAUCGAUUUAUCAUUGAAAAGAACAAUAACAAAAAUGAUAGUAUCAAUUUUUUUUACUUCUUUCCCGCUUCAUUAGCUAUGAAUGAUAUUCAUCUUUGGUUUGUUUAUCCUUCGGCUGCAUUGACAAUUAUCCCAUGUUUAUGUUGUAUCAUCUUUGCCAUAUGCAAACGACGUUGUAUGGCUAUUUUAAUUUGUAUGUCUUCUUUGAUGAAUUUCAUUUCAUCAUCAGUUUAUAUCAGUUUCCUUAUUAUUCAUACACUUGAAUAUUGGCAAACAAUUGAGUCUCAUCGCUUUCAAUCUCUUCUAUCAACUACAAGAGCAACCUCUACAAUGCGUGUUUCUGUACCAUUUGAUGACCCAACUAGCUUUUCUAAUUUAGCUCUACUUAUCACGUUUACAUUAGCACUUUUGCAAGCACUGUUGUCAAUGAUUGGCGCAGUUAUUUCUUGUCUUUGGUCACCAUGCUGUACUAGUAGCUCAUCAGUAAAUUAUACACCAAUAGCAAGUAAUUUCAAUUGUUCCCAAACAAUACCACAUCGAUCUGAAAAUCCCCAAGUGUCAACAUUACGAAGUGUGAAACGUCAACAACAUCAAGAAACUCAUAAAUUUAUCACAACAAAUGAACCUCAAGAUCCGCUGAUUAAUGGUUUUCUGAAUAAGAAUUUACCUAUUCGUAGUAACUAUGAUGAUGUUUAA